AUGUCAGCUGCAAAGUGCAAUGAAUGCUAUAGCUCACUAAAUUUAGCCACAUGCCUUCAUUGUAGCAUUCCUCUCUGUGACAAUGCAGGUCAUUUGAAUGAGCAUAUACAGGCAAAUCCAUCUCAUCGACAAUAUUAUUCUCAUAAGAUCUCUCGUCUGGUGAAAUGCUGUAAAUCAACAUGCAAAGUGACUGACAUCAAGGAUCUUUUGACAUGCCAUUACUGUUUCGAUAAAGCUUUUGAUAAGUUCUAUGACAUGUAUACUGCAACUUGGAAAGGCACAGGGCUUUCAAUCAUAUCGGGUUCUAUUUGCUGCGAAGAUCACUUUGCUUGGCAUAGGAUGAACUGUAUGAAUGCUAAUGUGGAAGAAAGUGCAUAUAUCAUCAGUAAGAGUUCCCAGAAACACAAGCGUGUUCAGCUCAGUGACUUCAUUUUCUAA